UUCAAACACAUCGGUGCUGCAAAAAAAAGUUUGAUACACAAAAUUAUAUUUAAAGAUGAACUUGUUAGCGGCUGCUUUCGUCUUGUUAACACCUAUUCCAUUUUUGUUAUUUUACUUCUUUCGAUCGACAAAAGAGUUCCCAAAAUCAUGGAAGGAAUUUAAGAUUGAAGUCAGGACUAUUUUAUGUGGAAUCAGGUCACAAAAUGAAGAUUUUCUGUUAAGAAAGAGGAACCGAAUCAAGCUUGAAAGUCUACCUAAUAAAAUUGCAGUGAUUACUGGUGGAAAUAGAGGAAUCGGUCUUCAUAUUGUUAAGAAGCUUUUGAGAUGCGAAAUGAAAGUUGUUAUGGGUGUCAGAAACCCAGAAUCAUCCAAAAAAUCAAUAGAAACAGCAAUCGGAGAAGAAUUAUGCAAAAACAACAUCACAUACUUCCAAUGUGAUACCGGAGAUAUGGAAUCAGUUCGUCAGUUUGCGGAAAAAGUUAAACAAUCAUUUCCAGCCAUCCACAUUUUAAUAAAUAACGCCGGCGUAAUGGCAACUCCAUAUUACGAAACUAAGGAUGGCUUUGAGUCACAAAUGGCAAUCAACUACUUAGGACACUUCCUAUUGACACAUCUUUUGAUGCCUGAGUUAAUUAAAGGAUCUGAAUCGAAUGAUGGAAAGAACGUCAGAGUCGUCAAUGUAUCGAGCUGCAUUCACAGAGUUGCUGAUAUGGAUUAUAAGGAUUUCAAUUGCAAAAAGUUCUACUACCCGACAGAUGCCUAUGCAAAGAGCAAGCUAGCACAAGUUUAUUUCACAAAAUAUCUGGAAGUGAUUUUUAAGGAACGUGGCUUAAAAAUCCAAUCACAUGCACCUCAUCCAGGCAUUGUUAAUACUGAUCUAUUCCAACACUCUAGCAUCACAGCUAUUCCAUGGUUUAAGAAUGCUUUUUAUAAGACUCCAGAAUCAGGUUCCCGAACAAUUGUCUACGCAGCAAUAAGCCCAUACUUAGAAGGAAAAGGAGGAACAUACUUGAGCAACUGCUACUUUGACAAAUCACAUCCAAAAUCCAAAGAGUUUGAUGAAAUCAAAAAACUGUUUGACUUCACAUGUCAGUUGUUGAAAAUCAAGAGCUUUGGUGAAUUUUAAAAUUCUCACCACAAAAAAAAUCAAUUCAAAAUU